AUGUCAAAGACAAAGACCAAGCGCGCUCGUCGUGAACUGAAGCGCGAAGGCGACAAGAAGAUUUUUGCGAUCCAGAAAAAGAACGCGAAAGCAGCCGCCGAGGCGAAACCUGCUGCGAAGACACCCGCGAAGAAGAAGCAGAAGAUGAGCGCACCAGCCGCCGCAGCAACUACAUCUACGACCACGCCCGCCCAUGUACAACCAUCACAGAAACCCAAAGUACCCUUUGGCGAAUACGACCAUAUACUCCUUGUCGGCGAAGGCGACUUUAGCUUUACCCGUUCCCUAACUAUAGAACACGGCUGCGCAAACGUAACUGCAACAAGCUACGACGACGAAGAAGACCUCCACAGCAAAUACCCCUCAUUCAAAGAAAUCCAGACCGAAAUCUCAUCCCUCACACCGCCCGUACCUCUCCACCACGACAUCGACGCAACCAAACUUUCAAGCUACAAACAUCUACGGUGUAAACGCGACGAUGACGAUGACGAGGAGGGCUGGGAUAUAAUCGCUUUCAUGUUCCCUCACACAGGCGGUCUUUCCACCGACGUCAACAGACAGGUCCGCGCGAACCAAGCCCUGCUAGUAUCUUUCUUCAAGUCCUGCCUCGAUACAUCGAACCAGAAACGUCGGUUACAAAUCCUUCGGAACCAGGAAGACAAAGAGAAAGGCACUACUACGUCUCAGCAGACAAUACGACCGUUCCUGCGCAUGGGCGGAAGAAUCAUCGUCACGCUAUUCGAGGGCGAACCGUACACGUUGUGGAAUAUCCGUGAUCUGGCGAGACAUGCUGGGCUGAGGGUUGUGGAGAGCUGGAAGUUUGAUUGGGCGCAGUAUCCCGGGUAUCAUCAUGUGAGGACCCUGGGGGCCAUGGAGACGGGGUGGAAGGGUGAGGACAGGGCUGCGCGCAUGUUCAUGUUUGAGAAGAUUCCGCUUGUGGCUGACAGCGAUGAGGAGAAGGAGAUGGCGCGGCAGGCAAAGGUGGGAAGGGGUGGACGGUUACCGAGCCAGAAAGAGGCGAUGAAGAAGGCUAUGGAGGGAGAGGAAGAGAAUGAAGAGGAUGAGUGA